AUGCCUUCCUUCUCCCUGUCUGCUCCAGGUCCGUCACAGAAUCCAGUUGCUGUGCAGCAGCUUCCAGGGGGCAACUAUGGAAUGACUCAACAACCAACCUACAAUCCGAUGCAGGCCAAAGCUCCUGCACCCCUCGGCCCUGGACUCUACCCCUCUGGGCCCUACCAACCUACUCUCCCAGUCAGCUCCUACCAACAUGCCCCCCCUGUCAGCUCCUACCAACCAGCUCCUCCAGGCCAGCCGCUGAUGACCAGACCUCUGUUGGGAGGUCCUCCAUCCAACACCCCCCCUCAGUCUGCCAGCCCUGGUCCGAGGUUGCCCCCUCCACAGGCCACACCUCCUCCUCCUGCUGUGUCUUCAAGUAACUAUUACUCUAACCCCCAGCAGCCCCAGCACAUGCCUCCAGCAUGGCAGUACAACAACGCUCCCCCACCAAUGGGGUCACCCUCUUCCAUGGGCACACCUCCCCGUGGCGCCAUGGCCAAUCAUGUGAACCCAGCUGCAAGCUCGACAGCGCCGCUGCUGCCACCGUCAUCGGCAGCUUACAGCUCUGCACCGGCAGCCCAUGUUUCCCAUAGUGGCGCACAGCCUCCAGGCCCAGGGAGCCCCCCCACCUCUCUGCAUGGAUAUAUCCAGCCAGGCACGGCACCUCCACCUAUGAAUCCCAUGGUUCCUAACACAUACCAACCAAGCAGAGCAUCCUAUGGCCCCCCACCUACAGGCCCACCACCAACCAUGAAACCCACAGCCCCUCCCACUGGACCGCCAAUGGCCAAUGUCAAACCUCCACCCCCCAGGACCGAUGCUCAGUGUGGGGGUGCCGUGAACAACACUUUGCCCCCCACUGAGCCCGACUGCCAGGAUGGGGAUAUUGAAUGUCCAGGAACCAUGGCUGGCAAUGGCCCACAAGCAUCAAACAGCCAUAAUCAUGUUGACAACAAAAUGGCUGGCAUGCCUCAGCACGGUCCACCGGGUCGGCACUUGGGCCACUACCCCUCCCUCCCCCCUGGGUACCAGAACAGCCCGGCUCCUCACAACGCCCCCCCACCCAUGCACCCUGCACUGCUUGCCGCCACGCAGCCUUACACUCAAGCACAUCAGCCGUACCAGCAACCGCCUGGUGGCCCCGGGCCCGCCCAGCUGAGCCCGUCCAUGGCAGCCAUGAGCCUCCAGUCCAACACCCCAGAGUCCCUGAGGGUGGUCAACCUGCUGCAGGAGAGGAACCUGCUACCCCCGAGCCCCACCCCCCCUCCGACACCCUGCCUUCCACAGGACCUGCAGAAGAUCAACUGCAACCCAGAGGUUUUUCGUAGCACGCUGACUAGCAUCCCUCAGACUCAGUCGCUGCUCAAUAAAGCUAAGAUGCCGCUGGGCCUGAUGCUCCACCCCUUCAAAGACCUCUCGCAGCUUCCUGUGGUGACAUCCAGCACCAUCGUCCGGUGUCGGUCCUGCAGAACCUACAUCAACCCCUUCGUCUCGUUCCUGGACCAGAGGAGGUGGAAGUGCAACCUGUGUCAUCGGGUCAAUGAUGUUCCAGAGGAGUUUAUGUACAACCCAGUCAGCAGAUCGUACGGAGAGCCUCACAAAAGACCCGAGGUCCAGAACGCCACCAUCGAGUUCAUUGCUCCUUCAGAAUACAUGCUGAGGCCCCCCCAGCCUGCAGCUUACCUCUUCGUUCUCGACGUAUCCCACAAUGCAGUGGAAACAGGCUACCUGAAUGUGUUCUGCCAGUCAAUGCUGGAAAACAUCAAUGCGCUUCCUGGAGACUCUCGGACAAAGGUAGGUUUCAUCACCUUUGACAGCACCAUCCACUUCUACAACCUCCAGGAGGGACUCUCACAGCCUCAGAUGCUCAUCGUGUCGGACAUCGAAGAUAUCUUUUUACCAACACCAGACAGCCUUCUAGUAAACCUCAAUGAAUGCAAAGAGCUUGUGCAGGAUCUGCUGAAGAGCCUCCCCACUUUGUUUCAAAAGACAAUGGAGACCCAGUCCGCCCUGGGUUCAGCUCUGCAAGCAGCCUUCAAGCUGCUGUCGCCCACCGGAGGGCGCAUGACCAUCUUUCAGACCCAGCUGCCUAACCUCGGUGUGGGGGCCCUUCAAUCCAGAGAAGACCCCAACCAACGGGCAUCUGCCAAGGAUAUCCAGCACUUAUCCCCAGCGACAGACUUCUACAAGAAGCUGGCUCUGGACUGCUCCGGCCAGCAGGUGUCGGUGGACCUGUUCCUGCUCAGCUCUCAGUACUGCGACCUGGCAUCGCUCGGCUGCAUAUCCAGAUACUCUGCAGGGACUGUUUACUACUACCCAUCCUACCACCACCAGCGCAACCCCGCCCAGGUGGAGUGCUUCCAGAAGGAUCUGAAGAGAUACUUAACCAGGAAGAUCGGCUUCGAGGCCGUCAUGAGGAUACGCUGCACCAAAGGUCUGUCCAUCCACACGUUCCACGGAAACUUCUUUGUGCGCUCCACGGAUCUGUUGUCCCUUCCCAACGUGAACCCAGACGCUGGCUUUGCAGUUCAGAUGUCCAUCGAGGAAAACCUGGACGACCUGCAAGUCGUCUCCUUCCAGGCUGCACUGCUCUACACGUCCAGCAAAGGAGAGAGAAGGAUCCGUGUCCACACCUUGUGUCUGCCUGUGGUCAACUCUCUGUCGGACAUCUUUGCUGGAGCUGAUGUUCAAGCCAUCAGCGGGCUGCUUGCUUGCAUGGGUAGGUACUGCACUAUUAAACACAAUUUAGCUACCUUCCAGACCAGGGGAAAGACAAACAACUUCUAA